GACUACUUUUAAACGCGGACGGAUAUUGCCAGAUGACGUAUACAGACUCGGGUAUAUAAACCAGUGUCUGUGUGCUGCGGUUUAGUUCUACAGCGGAAGACGAGAAGAAGAGACAACUACGCCAGCAGAAAACGACUUAUUAACUGCGUUUCUUUAAUAAGCAAACAUGCAGAUCUUUGUGAAGACCCUCACUGGCAAGACCAUCACCCUCGAGGUUGAGCCCAGCGAUACUAUUGAAAAUGUGAAGGCCAAGAUCCAGGACAAGGAAGGCAUUCCCCCAGACCAGCAGAGGCUGAUCUUUGCCGGCAAGCAGCUGGAAGAUGGUCGCACCCUCUCCGACUACAACACAAAAGAAUCCACCCUCCAUCUUGUCCUGCGUCUGAGGGGAGGCAUGCAGAUCUUCGUUAAGACCCUCACUGGCAAGACCAUCACCCUGGAGGUCGAGCCCAGCGACACUAUUGAGAACGUGAAGGCCAAGAUCCAGGACAAGGAAGGCAUUCCCCCAGACCAGCAGAGGCUGAUCUUUGCCGGCAAGCAGCUGGAAGAUGGUCGCACCCUCUCCGACUACAACAUCCAAAAAGAAUCCACCCUCCAUCUUGUCCUGCGUCUGAGGGGAGGCAUGCAGAUCUUCGUUAAGACCCUCACUGGCAAGACCAUCACCCUGGAGGUCGAGCCCAGCGACACUAUUGAGAACGUGAAGGCCAAGAUCCAGGACAAAGAAGGCAUUCCCCCAGACCAGCAGAGGCUGAUCUUUGCCGGCAAGCAGCUGGAAGAUGGCCGCACCCUCUCCGACUACAACAUCCAGAAAGAAUCCACCCUCCAUCUUGUCCUGCGUCUGAGGGGAGGCAUGCAGAUCUUCGUUAAGACCCUCACUGGCAAAACCAUCACCCUCGAAGUUGAGCCCAGCGACACCAUUGAGAACGUGAAGGCCAAGAUCCAGGACAAGGAAGGCAUUCCCCCAGAUCAGCAGAGGCUGAUCUUUGCCGGCAAGCAGCUGGAAGAUGGUCGCACCCUCUCCGACUACAACAUCCAGAAAGAAUCCACCCUCCAUCUUGUCCUGCGUCUGAGGGGAGGCAUGCAGAUCUUCGUUAAGACCCUCACUGGCAAGACCAUCACCCUUGAGGUUGAGCCCAGCGACACUAUUGAGAACGUGAAAGCCAAGAUCCAGGACAAAGAAGGCAUUCCCCCAGACCAGCAGAGGCUGAUCUUUGCUGGCAAGCAGCUGGAAGAUGGUCGCACCCUCUCCGACUACAACAUCCAAAAGGAGUCCACCCUCCAUCUUGUCCUGCGUCUGAGGGGAGGCAUGCAGAUCUUUGUCAAGACCCUUACGGGCAAAACCAUCACCCUCGAGGUUGAGCCCAGCGACACCAUUGAGAAUGUGAAGGCCAAGAUCCAGGACAAAGAAGGCAUUCCCCCAGACCAGCAGAGGCUGAUCUUUGCUGGCAAGCAGCUGGAAGAUGGUCGCACCCUCUCCGACUACAACAUCCAAAAGGAGUCCACCCUCCAUCUUGUCCUGCGUCUGAGGGGAGGCAUGCAGAUCUUCGUUAAGACCCUCACUGGCAAGACCAUCACCCUUGAGGUUGAGCCCAGCGACACUAUUGAGAACGUGAAAGCCAAGAUCCAGGACAAAGAAGGCAUUCCCCCAGAUCAGCAGAGGCUGAUCUUUGCUGGCAAGCAGCUGGAAGAUGGUCGCACCCUCUCCGACUACAACAUCCAGAAAGAAUCCACCCUCCAUCUUGUCCUGCGUCUGAGGGGAGGCAUGCAGAUCUUUGUCAAGACCCUUACGGGCAAAACCAUCACCCUCGAGGUUGAGCCCAGCGACACCAUUGAGAACGUGAAGGCCAAGAUCCAGGACAAAGAAGGCAUUCCCCCAGAUCAGCAGAGGCUGAUCUUUGCUGGCAAGCAGCUGGAAGAUGGUCGCACCCUCUCCGACUACAACAUCCAGAAAGAAUCCACCCUCCAUCUUGUGCUGCGUCUGAGGGGCGGCAUGCAGAUCUUCGUUAAGACCCUCACUGGCAAGACCAUCACCCUGGAGGUCGAGCCCAGCGACACCAUUGAGAAUGUUAAGGCCAAGAUCCAGGAUAAGGAAGGCAUUCCCCCAGACCAGCAGAGGCUGAUCUUUGCUGGCAAGCAGCUGGAAGAUGGUCGCACCCUCUCCGACUACAACAUCCAGAAAGAAUCUACCCUCCAUCUUGUCCUGCGUCUGAGGGGUGGCAUGCAGAUCUUCGUUAAGACCCUCACUGGCAAGACCAUCACCCUGGAGGUUGAACCCAGCGACACCAUUGAGAACGUGAAAGCCAAGAUCCAGGACAAGGAAGGCAUUCCCCCAGACCAGCAGAGGCUGAUCUUUGCUGGCAAGCAGCUGGAAGAUGGACGCACCCUCUCCGACUACAACAUCCAGAAGGAGUCCACCCUCCAUCUUGUCCUGCGUCUGAGGGGCGGUCAAUAAAUGGUUCCAUGUUUUCACUUGCUUAACAUAACAACCUAACCCAAUAAAGUAUGCAAGAUUAAAUUA